AUGAACAUCAUUAGCUGGAACUGCAGGGGGGUAGGUAGCAAAACCUUCCCUUCUCUCAUCCGAGAUCUGAGACACGAGUAUAGCGCUAAUUUGUUCUUUCUGUUGGAAACUCAUGUGAAUGGUAUUCGGGGUAAUCAAAUUCGACAUAAGAUAGGCUUUGAUCAAUCUUUUGUCGUAGAUGCAACGGGACACGCUGGAGGAAUUUGGUGUCUCUGGGAUUCUUCUGUUUGGAAGGUGGACGUUCUGGAGCAUGACAAGCAGUUUGUUCACCUUAAGAUUACUGGUUGGCCUUACACCUGGAAAAGGGCUAAUCUGGCGGAGAGACUUGACAGAGGUUUAAGCAACCUAGAUUGGCAAAUUCAAUUCCCCGAGGCGAUUAUUAAGCAUAUGCCCAUGCUUAAAUCGGAUCAUUCCCCGAUCUGCCUACAACUUUUCCCAACUUUCUCCCAAAAUAGAAGGAGACGCCCAUUCCGAUUCUUAGCGGCAUGGAUCAGCCACCCAGAUUUUGGAAACGUGGUGAAUACAUCUUGGAAUAUUCAGGGUUCUUGGACUGAGGGGAUCUCGAACUUUAAAAGCAGAAUUACGGAUUGGAAUAGGUCAGUCUUUGGUAACAUCUUUCAGCGUAAGCAGAAAAUUCUUAGACGCCUCCAAGGUAUCAACUUGAGCUUGGGGCAAUCCCCAAACUCUUUUCUUGAGAAAUUGCAAAAAGAUCUAUGGGGGGAGUAUGAACAGACUCUUAACCAGGAAGAAAUGCUUUGGUUCCAAAAGUCUAGGAACAAGUGGAUCGAGUUCGGUGACCGAAACACUAAAUUCUUCCAUGGUUCCACCAUGAUUAGAAGACGCAAAAAUAUAAUUGUCUCUCUGCAGAAUGACACUGGUGAAUGGAUAAAUGAUAAGCCUACCCUUGAAAAUAUGGCAACUUCUUUUUUCAACAACCUCUACACUGAUAGCUCUCCCCAUACUCCCUUCUUUCUUCAAAACAUGUUCCCCAAUCUGAACAACACAGAAUCUCAUGCCUUGGGCCGGAAUGUAUCAAAUGAGGAAAUCAAAGAUGCCAUGUUUGACAUUGGGAGUUGGAAGGCUCUGGGAAGAGACGGAUUGCAAGCCAUCUUCUACCAAAGUCAGUGGAGUAAAAUAGGCAACGACGUAUGCAACCUAACCAAGAGUAUCUUCCUGCAACCAAAAAAGGUCAAAGAGGUUAAUGAAACCCUUAUCACCCUUAUCUCGAAAGUCGAACCUGUAUCUCACUUUAAGCAGUUAAGACCCAUCAGCCUUUGCAAUGUUUCUUAUAAAGUGGUUACAAAAAUUUUGGCUAAUAGAUUGAGAAGUGUUAUGAACAAGUUGGUUAGACCAAAUCAGUGCAGCUUUAUUCCUGGUAGACAGAGCGCCGACAACAUCAUCAUCACUCAAGAAGUUAUCCAUUCUAUGAGGAAUAAAAAAGGGGGAAAGGGUUGGAUGGCUAUAAAGAUCGACCUGGAAAAAGCUUACGAUAGACUUAAAUGGAGUUUUAUCAAGGAAACCCUCUUGGAUAUCGGGCUCCCAAAAAAUUUCAUUGAUCUAACCCUCUCCUGUAUUUCGACGGCCAGAAUGAGAGUCCUGUGGAAUGGAGAGGAACUCGAGGAAUUCUCACCUACUAGAGGCAUUAGACAAGGAGACCCCAUAUCUCCCUAUAUCUUUGUUCUUUGCAUUGAAAGGCUCUCCCAACUAAUCAGUAUAGCAGUGGAUCAAGACGUUUGGAAGCCUAUAUGUCUAAAGAAGGAUGGACCUCCUAUCUCCCAUCUGUGCUUUGCAGAUGAUAUCAUUCUUUUUGCAGAAGCCAAAGUCGACCAAGCCAAUAUCAUCAAUAAGUGUCUAGAAGCCUUCUGUCAAAGCUCUGGCCAGAAUGUCAGCAAAGAGAAAACUAGAAUCUUCUUCUCUAAAAAUGUGGGGCACAUGGUUCGCACAGAGAUAAGUAAUGUCCUACAGUUUGCUAGAACUGAUGAUCUGGGAAAGUACUUGGGGGUGCCCGUUCUUCAUUCUAAAGUAACAAAACAUACCUUUGAAGGCAUCAUAAACAAACUCCAUGCCAGACUAAAUUCGUCGAAAGCUUCCUCUCUCUCCCUGGCUGGAAGAACUACUCUGGUGAAAUCUGUUCUUUCUUCAAUGCCUUUGUAUAAUAUGCAAUCUGCUAUAUUACCUGCCUCUACUUGUAAUACUAUUGAUCGUAUUUGCAGGAAUUUUAUUUGGGGCGACACUGAUCAAAAUAAGAAGAUACACCUUCUUAACUGGAAGAUGAUCUGUGAGCCGAAACACACUGGUGGAUUGGGUAUUAGACAUGCAAGCCUUGGCAACAAAGCCUUUAUGAUGAAAGCCGGUUGGGGACUGAUAGCUAAAAAAGACGACCUUUGGGCUAAAGUCCUCCGGUCAAAGUAUGGUUGUGGCAAUGACACUAUGCCCAGAGUAGAAAGAAAAAGGAGUAAUUCCAAUAUCUGGAGAGGUAUCUGUGCUUCCUGGGAGAACGUUGAGCGCAAUUGCAUCUGGAGAGUUGGAGAUGGAACCCGAAUCCGCUUCUGGGACCAUCACUGGGCUCCGGGGGCAGGACGUCUGAGUGAUUCUUUAAGUCAGGUAAGUAGUGGUUUCAACUCUACUGAGUUACUGAUGGAUUUUUGUGAUAUUUCAGGUCAUUGGGAUGUGGGAAAGCUCCAAGGGAUGCUGCCCGAGGAUAUUGUUCAGAGAAUCACAGCCAUUUCUCCUCCGUCCCCGUGGAAGGAAGCUGAUCAUAUUGCCUGGGAGCCUUCCUCAGACGGAAUUUUCAGCACUAAAACAGCUUACCAGGUGAUUAUGGAGGAACAACACACUCAAAAUCAGAACUUCCGGUUGGUCUGGAGGUGGCAGGGCCCGGAAAGGAUAAGAACUUUCCUGUGGCUGGCGACCCAUAAUGUAAUCCUCACGAACUCAGAAAGGAAACGGAGACAUUUAACAAAUGAUGACUCCUGCCCAAGAUGCCGUUGUCAUGAAGAAUCUACCAUCCAUGUGCUUCGGGACUGUUUCUAUGCCAAAAGCAUUUGGAGAAAGCUCUUCCCUCCAAUUGGGAUAAAUUCCUUUUUUAAUACCGACCUCAACGAGUGGCUGCUUCAAAACCUGAAAUCCAAUAACAAGUGGAGUUGUUUAUUCGGUGUUGCAGUGUCAACUAUGUGGUAUCUUCGUAACAAGCUGGUUUUUAAUGGUGAGUCAGUUUUAGUCACAACAGCUGUAAACCAGAUACGAGCGCGAUCAGAGGAAUUUGGCAGAGUGGUCCAAACCAACUUAACAUUGCGAAAUAACCAUAACUCUGGCGCCAGCAAUAUAAGAUGGUCUCGACCCGAGAAAGGAUACAUUAAGGUUAAUGUUGAUGGUUCCUGGUUUAGCCACAAGAAUAAUGCUGCUUGUGGCGGUGUCUUCAGGGAUGCGAACGGGAAGUUUAUGUCGAGAUUUGCAGUAAUUCAUGGGCUUAACAUUGCUACAACUAACGGUUAUCAUAACCUUGUUGUGGAGUCCGACUCGGCUGCUGCGAUUAACUUUAUCAAUCGCGGUUGCCCCCCAACUCACCCUGGUGCUCCACUGGCCCUCCCUUGUAUUAGUUAUGCACUUUUCUGUGACUGUAUUGAUGGCACCAGGAACAUUAUGUAUGGUACUAGACUCUUGAUAAAUCCAGAUGUUCCUGAGGCUGUGAUGCUUCGAAAAAACGUGUACUAUAGAGAGAUCUCGCAGUACUUGUCUGUGUUUUCUGGCAAACCGGCGUAUGUUAAUGCAGAUGAAGUUUUAUAUUCCAUUGAGAGGAAGACAAUAAAGGAGUUACGUGUGGCUGCGGAUGUUGGAUUUUAUAUUAUUCUGGCCACUGUUCUUGAUGUUGAACAUGUUCUAAGUUGGUGGUAUAAAUCUUGUGUUUGCAGCGUGAAGGCAGAAGCUAAUGCGGAUACAUACUUCUGCGAUAACUGUAAUAAGGACGUGAAUAAUGUGAUUAAUAGUAUGACAACUGAGUAUCUAAAGAGAGUUCAUUCAGAAAAUGUGUGGGAUAUAGAAAAUCCUAUUUAUCAAUGUCAACACUGUAAAGCAUGGAUGUGGUCUAAAGAAAGGCUUGCUAAAUUCAAAUAG